UCAUGAAGAGCCACAGGAGGAGCGAGAAGAAGAGGAUUUACUCUGCCAUCUGACAUGUGAAAGAGGAGCAAGGCUUUUAUCAACAGCCGGAUUAUCAACAGCCAGAUUAUCAACAGUCGGAUUAUCAACAGUCGGAUUAUCAGGAUAGGAUGCAACGUUUGUUCUCUGUGGCCCUACUGCUCCUCCUAGUGGUGACGCUCAGCACUGCCAACAGAAGGGCAAAGAACCAUAAAGGUAAACAUGAGAAAAGUGGACAGGCCUCAGAAUGCUCUGCUGCAGAGACUCGAUACGGGAAGUGUGUUCCUGGUCACGGAGACUGUGGAGAAGGACUGCGAGACGCCACCUGUAAGGACCAGACCACCAGGAUCAGCUGCAGAAUCCCCUGCAACUGGAGGAAGGAGAUCAGUGACUGUAAGUACAAGUUUGGAGCCUGGGGACCAUGUGACUCUACCACCAACACCAGGAGUCGUUCAGGGACACUGAAGAAAGCACUGUUCAACGCCGAGUGUCAGGCUACAGUCAAAGUGACCAAACCCUGCUCUCCGAAAGUCAAGAGGACCAGAGGAGAUAAGAAGUCCAGCUAAGGUCUGAUCGAAGACAGAAGGACAAGCUGAGGACAGAAGGACGUUUGUCCCGUUUCCUGCUUCAUCCAAGACAACAACCGAGAGACUCCUCCUCCACAGACCAACGCCCUUCACUCUGGCUCCGCCCAC